GGAUAACAUGGUGAUUAUUUAACUGUUUGAGGAACUGCCAUGCUGUUUCCAUAGCAGCUGCACCAUUUUGCAUUCCCAUCAGUAGCGGUUUUAAUUUUUCCACAUCCUCACCAAUUCUUAUUUUCCAUUCUUUUUGAAUAGCCAACCUAAUGGGUGUGAAGUAUAAACAUUAAAUUUUGAAUUGGCUUUGAAAAUCAAUUACACACGAAGCUAAUUCAAGAAAUUAUUUUGAGGUGCUGCUAUAUGCAAAGCACUGUUACACUUUGAGGGACUAACAAGGAUGAAAAAAUAUAUGAUUGAUGUAUAUAUGUUUUUGGGGGGAGAGUCAGUCCUCACCAGAGGACAUUUUCCCACUGAUUUCUAGAGAGAGUGGAAGGGAGGAGGAGAGACAGAGAGAGAGAAACAUCAAUGUGAGAGAGGCACAUUGAUUGGUUGCCUCCCACAUGGGCCCUGACCAGGGCGGGGGAUUGAGCCCGCAGCCGAAGUAUUUGCCCUUGACUGGAACCAAUACUGGGGCCCCUCAGUCCGCAGGCUGAUGCUCUAUCCACUGAGGCAAACCAGCUAAGACUCAUUAGGUGAUUUACAAUAUUUUUCUCCUCCAGAUGUAUUUGGGAACAAGUUAGACUUAAAAGAAUCCUGAUACGUUACUAUAAUGGCCAUUGCUCAGCUCUCUCACUCCACCAAAAUUCACAAGGCAUCUAAGAGACCAGUUUUCCCAUCCCAAAUUUGUGAUCAGGAAGAGUCACUGACAAUGGUGAAGAAACUUUUUGCUACUUCUGUCUCAUGUAUAACAUAUUUAAGGGGCCUGUUUCCAGAAAGCUCUUAUGGAAACCGCCAUUUGGAAGACCUCAAUUUAAAAAUCCUCCGAGAAGAUGAAAACUCUCCUGGGUCAGUGCAUAUUGUUAAAUGGAUUCAAGGUUGUUUUGACGCUUUGGAAAGGGGAUACCUACACAUGGCAAUACUUACACUUUACCCAAAUCCCAAGGAACCUGAGAAAGUGACUGAGAUAUACCAGUUCAAAUUCAAAUACACAAAUGAAGGAAUCACUAUGGAUUUUGACAGCAGUAAUACGAGCACCGAAAGUGGGACAAAGAGGGGACAUAUGAAGAAAGCCAGCAUUCUACUACUCCGUAAAUUGUAUACCCUGAUGCAGAACCUUGGACCCCUUCCUAAUGAUGUUGUACUUACUAUGAAACUCCACUACUAUAAUGCAGUGACCCCCGAUUAUUACCAGCCCCCUGGUUUUAAACAUGGGGUGAACUCACACAUCCUGCUGUUUGAGGGGGAGCCUGUAAACCUGCAAGUGGGAGUGGUCUCGACUGGCUUUCACAGCAUGAAGCUAAAAGUCAUCACGGAAGCCACCAGAGUGUCCGAUUUGGAGGAUAAUCUCUUCCAGGAGAACAGCGUCACCGAGAUGGCCCAUCAGGGUCUGGACGGCGAUGAGGAAGAAGAGGGAAGCAACAACCAAGUUCAGAGCACGGACAUUGUGCUCCGUCAGCAAAGCUCUGAGAGCGCCAGGAAGAAGAGGAAGGUCAGCGAACCAUUGGAACGCAUCACCCCAGAGAGCAAGUGAGGCAGAGGCCUCUGCUGCGUCUUUCCCCAAAUAACUGUUUCCAGCAAACCACAUGAAGUGUCUUAGUGGGAGCGUAAGCUCCUGUCAUCAAAACCUUUCACUGAAUUUGUUGUUCAGCUUCCGUAGUCAGUUUAUAAAUUACGAGGUAGGACCUGUGUUCACUUCGCCACAAGGAAGCAUGGUCACCAGGGCUGCCUUGGGCUAGCAUUGCUUCCAGAGAGAUUUAGAGAUGAGACACCUUCCUAUUUAUAAAGGAGCCACAGCGGCUACGCUGAGGAGAAAUAAGCCGUUGUUCUCAAGAGAGAGAGGCUUUUCUUUGCAUAAUCAAACUCCCUGGGUACUUAGACGACUGUGAAAUGUUCCAACUUGUUGUAACCUGUGCCCUGGAAUCCCUCUAUAGCUUUACUAGAAUUCCCACAGAAUUGCAUAGAUGGAUGCGGAGGUGCUUACCCAGGUGUGAGUUUUGUGUUCACGUCAGUCACGAGGUCGAACAGCUAAGUGUUGGACUAUCAAGUUCUUCAAAUCUGGCCCCGGGCCCUGAUCUGUUGGCCAACCCGAGGCUGGGGAGGAGGCUGCAGUGCAGGAGCCUGCUCCCUGCUAAGGCCCGUGCUGAAUGCUUCCCAGCAGGCCCUCCGUUCACACAUCAAUCUGUAACUUGCAGAUGAUGUUACUAGUUCCCCCUUAUUCUGGAAGAAUGUUGAUAGAUGUAAUAAAUUAUAAAUGACUUAAAGUGUUAUUUUUAUUGUUAUAUAACGUGGGGUUUAAUUUAAAUGGAUAGAACCAGUAAGUGAAAUGUAUAGGUUAAAUACAUUUAAAUAAAUGUAUUGGUUAAAUUUACUGGUUAAUUAAAAAAUGCAAGGUCUUU